AUGAAUACAAACCUUCGAAAGCAUGUCGAGUUGUCAGAAUUUAUUAAGAAGAUUGUCAAUUUACACUUUUCUGAUUGUUAUGGGAUUCAGAUUCACCCAGAAACUCCAAGGGAUGUUUCAUUUAACUGGCAAAUACCAGCCAUGCAAUUAGCGUCCCCUAGCACUACUCAACAAUUAUACACGCACGAGCAUAGCCCUCUCGUCAAGUUUGGCAAGCAAUGCAUAGUUUAUGAAGUUCAUCUGGACGGAAGGGACGAGAACAAUGGUGGAAUCCUCGAAAUAUUCUUGGCGUCGGAGUCACAAAGACGGGCAAAGGACUCGUACAUUUUUGUCAACGAGUAUCUCCGUUUCGAAGAGGUCAGAAAGUUCCUGCUUGACCCGAGACUAAAAAGCUAUCCACAUCGAGCCUGGCCGGAUAUUGUCCCUCUGGAUUUCUUUGAAUUGGAUGAAAACUUAUCACAAAAUAUUGGAUUGACUUUUCACCACUUUUGUUAUUACUGCAAUAAUGGGGAAUCUGCCGUUGUCACCACGAAAAAUGCAGUGUAUAGAAUGGCAAGCGAGAUAGUGGCAAUAAGUGACAUUUUCCCUGAUGUAACCAAAAACUUUCAAGGUCACACCCUUAGGGUCACAGCUCCACCAGCACCGCCACUAGUUCUGAUAACCCCAUCGAAAACCAAUCCAAACAUUAACGACAUUCAGGGUCAGCAGAAGCACAUCCUUUACGGGAUUGCGGGGAAAUACAACUUCACCUGCUACUUGUACCCAGUUCCGGGAGGAUCAACUGGGUCCAGGCUACCCAAUGGGACAUGGAAUGGCGUCAUGGGAGAAAUUCUGUAUGGUAGAGCCGAUAUUGGUCUCACUGUGGCCGUGGCUUACGAGCGACGAGAUGUUGCUGAUUUCACAGUGUCCGUUUUUUACGCAUUUCUGGUUCUGGUCUCUACAAAACCUAUUCCGUUUUUGGAAUGGCAAUCAAUUUUCUACCCCUUUAAAACAUCCACAUGGUUAGCACUCAUUGGAACGACAUUGCUAACACUGUGCGUGUAUCAAUUUCUGCACAACCGAUCUCUGAUUGUGGAAGUUCCUGCACGAAAAAAAUGGAAAUCAAAAUUACUUUUGUGGCAACAAAUUAAGUCAGAAAUUAUGACAGGAUUUCUGGCAUUCUAUAUGACCGUAGGAUCACUUUUGGAACAAAGCGUUCCAAUCGACUAUAACACAAUGCCAUCCAGACUUAUUGCAACUUUUUGGAUGAUGUUUGCCAUAAUUAUUACUUGCGCCUAUCGUUCAAAACUGUUUUCUUUUCUGAUAUCUCCAACUAUUGAAACCCCACCGAGUUCUUUCCAAGAACUUGCAAUUAGCGAUUAUACUUGGGGAAUGAAAUCGCUUGGAGGAAUUGCUCUGCUCUUUAUAACACAAUCACCUCUAGCGUACAUACGCAAUAUUGGAGAAAGGAUGGAAAUCUAUACCGACAAAUAUUCUUGUUUGGAUAAAACAUUUCACACCAAGUUUACCUGCAUCAUAUACAAAGCGUACAUAGAAUUCAUGAUUGAAGUGCGAUACUGGAAACUUAAGACACAAUUUCAUGUUUCUGACUUUGUGACCCCUCCUGUCGGAUCGGCAUGGUCUGUAGCAAAACAUUCCCCACUGAAACGGAAUUUUGAUGAAAUGAGUUAUAGAAUUCACGAAAUGGGUUUGGCCGACAAGUAUCUUUACGAUUACCAAGUGGCAUUUGCAAAAGUGUCACGAGCCUUUGCACAAGCGUCCAAUGAAACCGAUGAUACUUUCAAUCUCAAUGCAAACUACCAGAACAACGAUGACACUGGCCCCAAACCCAUGAAAUUGGCAAAUCUAUACGGUGGUUUCUUUAUUCUUGGUCUUGGAUUAAACAAAAGAGACGUUGGAACAAAAUCAGAUCUCAAGUUACCGGUUUUCCUAAGAUAA